AUGGCCAAUUGCAAUGGAAAUGGAAUGGCACAUUUUGGCUCCAACUUGCAAAUUGAAGCAAUCCAAACAGUGAUGCCAAUGAAGCCAACUAAUCCAAGGCUAUCGCGGCGAAGACAGAUUCAGGGUGGAUGGUGGCUGGUGGCUGGGUGGAUUAGGGAGUCACUAGGAAGGACACUUGAUGAAAAUCCAUUACUUGCUGGUAGACUUAGAAGGAAAGGAGAAAAUGAUAGUAAUGGAGAAUUUGAAAUUGUGUCAAAUGACUCUGGUGUUAGAUUGAUUGAAGCUAAAGUGCCAAUAAAUUUGGAUGAUCUAAUUGAUCUUAAGGAAAAGAGAAAUGCAGAAGCUGAGCUUGUCUUUUGGGAGGAUGUUCAUGAACCAAAUCCUCAGUAUUCACCUCUUUUUUAUGUCCAGGUGUGUAAAGAUGCAAAAGCUUAG